AUGGCCGGUUCAAAUACACGGAAGGCGUCCACGCCCUCCAAGGCGCCUUCCAGCGGGAAAUCAUCUUCGACUAAACGAAAUAAGAGCAUUUUAAAUUUCUUCCAAAAGACCGACUCUCCACAAGGCGCUAAAUCGACCCAACUUCGAAUGUCGCAGUUCGUUACCUCGUCUCGAUCUCCUAGUUCCGGCCGCGGAACACCAGCAACCAACGGCCCAAGACAGGAUACCAACGAGGGGCUUUUUCUAGAAGACAAGAAGGCAUUGGCGAGGAUGCAUCAAACGCCAUCCAAGCGUGAAACAGAAGACCGUCCACGCUCUCACACACCGGACGAUAUCUGGGGCGAGGGCGAUGAUUUCAUGGGAGGGAACGAUGGACGCUACAAUGAGAAUGAGUCCUCAGUAAAGCGACGAAAAGUCAGCUCAGCGGAUGGAUCAAUGCAAAACGAACAACCCGAAGAUGAGACCAAACCCGUGAAGUCUUCCAUCCCGCCCAAGAAGGCUACCAGUGGACCAUUUAUCGAUGAAUCGGAUAGUGAGGAUGACCUGGAUGCGUAUCAAGACAUAGAGGAGACGACCUUGCCCUCCAAUUUCAAUGCAGAUCCUCUAAUAUCACGCUCAAGCAAUGGCGACGCCACUGGAAACCCAUCUGCCGACGCAGAGCAACCGCCAUUGGUAAGAGAAGCCACCAAUUAUGACGAUAAUGACGAAUACGAGAAUUUUGACGACUAUGAAGGAGAAGAUGAGUUUUUAGGAGACGAGUUCCGAGAGCAAAUACCCGACAAUGAAAACAUGGAUGGCCUACCGACGGAGCUUUGUCCUGAGGACCUUGUUCUGAUAAAGGAAAUACAGGCCCAGGAGGAUGAAUCAGUGAACAUGCAUAUCGAGGACGAGCCUGCCUGUCCAUCGUGUAUGGGACCGCUGGGGGAACUUAAUGAACAACAACGAAUGAUACAUGUAAACGAUUGCUUAGAUGGAAAACCCAACACGAUACCUCUAUCUAAGCCAAAGCCAGUGGCAACUGCAUUGAAACCUUCAGCCACGGUAUUCCAAUCAACGAACAUUAAUGCAGGCUUAACAAGACUUGAACGAGCUGCCGUGGCUCGGCCUGCCCAGCGCGAUCCCUACUCGCAAACCAAGCAAGCCAAUUCAUCUGCAUUCUCUAAAAUGAUGGCAGGGAAUGCUGAGGAUACCGCAUGGGCGAAUGCGGCUGCACAUGAGGUAUCCUCCCGUGGUAAGCAGGCCUACCAGCGGACUUGUCCAUUCUACAAAAUCAUGAAUGGGUUUUCAAUAUGCGUGGACGCCUUUCGCUACGGGGCUGUGGAGGGAUGCAAUGCCUAUUUCCUCAGCCACUUCCACAGUGAUCACUAUAUCGGACUCAGCAAGUCCUGGUCUCACGGCCCUAUCUACUGCAGUCGAGCUACGGGUAAUCUUGUCCGUCAGCAGCUACGUGUAGAUCCCAAGUGGGUUGUAGAUCUGGAUUUUGAAACCACCACUGAAGUUCCAAACACGGAAGGAGUCCAAGUUACUAUGAUCCAAGCAAACCACUGUCCCGGCAGUGCCUUGUUUGUCUUUGAAAAAAACUUUGGUAGUGGACCGAAUAUCCGUCGACAACGCAUACUUCACUGUGGUGACUUUCGCGCGUCGCCCGAUCAUGUCCGUCAUCCACUCCUCUGCCCAAACCCGAUAAACCCUGUGACUCGUCAACCCAGACAGCAGCGGCUCGACCAGUGCUAUUUGGAUACUACCUAUCUCAGCCCAAAAUAUGCCUUUCCUAGCCAGGAGAGCGUGAUCACAGCAUGUGCCGAGCUUUGCGUUCGUCUGAACGAGGAGGCAGGCGUAGGCUUGGAAUUUGGGAAAUCCGGAGCUGGUGGUUUGAUGAACAAGUUCUUGUCAUCAGUCACUAGUAAUGGUCCGAAAGAGAAACCACAAUCUGGCGGCCGCUUGCUGGUGGUAAUUGGAACGUAUAGCAUUGGCAAAGAGAGAAUAUGUAUGGGAAUUGCAAGAGCCCUGGGAUCCAAGAUCUUUGCUACACCACAGAAACAGCGCAUCUGCUCCUGUCUCGAAGACCCAGAGCUAUCAGCAAUGUUGACCAGCGACCCGAAAGAAGCGCAAGUGCAUAUGCAGACUUUAUUCGAAAUUCGCGCAGACACUCUGGCCGACUACCUGGACUCCCUCAAACCUCACUUCUCUCGCGUGGUAGGCUUUCGGCCCACUGGAUGGUCGUACCGGCCCCCCGCGGGGCGAAUGCUGGAGAACCCGCCCGUUCCGACUGUACUGCGUGGCGAACAUUGGAAGACGCCGUUCACAGUUGAGAAUCUCACGCCGCAGCGCGGAAGCACACGGGAGAGCUCAUGUUUCGGUGUACCCUACAGCGAACAUAGCUCUUUUCGGGAACUUACCAUGUUCUGCUGCGCGCUACGAAUUGGUAAAGUGAUACCCACGGUGAAUGUGGGUAGUCAGAAGAGUCGAGAUAAUAUGAAGAUUUGGAUGGAACGCUGGGAAGGGGAGAAGAAGCGAAAUGGAUUAUUCCCCGUGGAGGAGUGGUGA